GAAAUUUCCAAAAUGGCGGCCAGUAGAAGCGGGAAACGGCGAGCAGAGCCUCCGGCAGCAGUUGAGUUCAAUGACCAAGCGUUCGCGUGCGAAGUUGAACAUAUCUCUGGCUGGACAUCAGACGAAAUUGACCUGUUGCUUACGGAAUACAGCGUUCCAGAUCAUUGGAAUGGAAUUCUGACCACAGCGUUGUUGGAGACAAUCAGAUAUCGUACUGAGCACUCGACCACCAAAAGCUACAAACGUGAUUUCCCACCAAUAUUUUCUGCCCUCAACCUCAACUUGCCUACCAGUACCAACUUAAAUGGACUACUCCAAAAAGUACUACUCCAAAUCAAAACGAACCCACACCACAGUAGACCUCCUCCAAGAAGUGCCUGA